UGUUUGAGAAUACGGAAGAUUACGUAGGAGAUAAACGGAAUAGUAUCCGGAGGGUCAACCAACGCCUUCUUUCCUCUUCUGCUUUUUGCAGUCUGGCUGUCGGCCCAACUGAGACAAAGGGGUGCAGCCACCGCGAGGUUCUUUACCUCGCACCGGUUAUUGUAACACCGUUCUAGUUCUCUACCUAGGGCAGAAAUGAAAGCAGUGUUCGGAAAGACGAUUGGCGGUAUAUCGUACCUCACCAGAGGCACCUACAACGUCCUCACGUCUAGAUUCAGGAGAUCAGAAACUGGGGAACGGAGUGAGAGUGGGGAGAGGGCAGGGAGCGAGCGAGAAAUGAACCCUCUCAAUGGAGUGUCUGCAGUGGGGGACCACAGUCUGCCAGAUCCCUCCCUCUCCUCCUCCAACACCUCCCCUAGUCUCCGGCGACAUCCUGCCUCUCCCUUGCAGGAAGACGACAUCCUCUACCGUAAGAACAACGUCUACCUCAAGUGUAGAAUCGGCUCCGCUGAUACCGGAGACUCUGAAGCCACACCCACUAACGGAGGUUCUAAUCCGAGCGCAGCCAUACGAUCCCUCCGAAAUCUAAAAGCCGCCUCACUACCCGUGGAGAGCAAGCAGAAAGAGGGAAAAGUGCCAGGGUUUCUAUUUAUCACCAGUCGCGGAGCCAACUACGGGUCGACGCUCAUCCUAAACUGGGCUCCCAACAGCUCCAUUAUAAAGUGUUCUGGGAGCAUCAACUCCACCAUUUGCACAGCGGGGGAAGCGAGCAGUGAUCAUACCACCUCACACGAGAACGAGAGGGGCACAAUCGACGAAGCAACCCCUCAGUCCCCGUCGUUAUCUUCAAUUCCCAACGAGCAACCCACCUCCUCCUCUUCCUCCUCCUCUUCCUCCUCUUCCUCUCUCCCUGCCACUUCUACCACGACUGUCGCCACGCGAACUGAGCACAAGUGUGUGUCAAUCGAUCUCGGGGAGAUGGAGAUCAUUCGCGUCUUCUACCACACCGACGAGAGCGGGUGUAAAAUAUCCGGAGAGAUGGUAGUGAGCAGCAGACAGACUGAUUUCUGGGUCUUUCAGUUUCAAAAUGGCGGACUCACUGACCUGAUUCAUCUGUUCUGUUCCUGGGACUAUUUCAACCACCAGGAACACAGGGAGUCCCAACAGCACACGUUCACCAUAUUCCGCCCGAAGCUCUCUCUCUCCCAGCUCCACCCGGGGGAGGGAGAGGUAAAGUCGGUCCUCACCAGAGAACUCUGGGAUGGACUGUUUGGACCUGAAGGCAGGAUAGCCGAGAGUGACUGUGUGAAAAAGGUUAAAGAAAAUGUGGCGGUGGUGUUCUUUCAUGGGGUUUCCCCUUCGUUAAGGAAGGAGGUGUGGCCUUACCUGCUGGGUCUGUAUCAGUUUGACUCGACCUCGCGGGAGAGAGAGGCCGCCAGACUGACCCACUGUCGCAGAUACUGGGCCCUCGAUGACCAGCGGAUCCAGUCAGAUGAGAGUGGGCAGGGAGAGGAGUGGGUGGUGGGAGUUCAGCAGAUUGACAAAGACGUGGUGCGGACGGACAGGUCUCAUCCUUACUACAAGGGAGACAGGGAGGAGGGGAGGCGCCAUGUCGGGACACUGAAGCACAUUCUGCUCAACUACCUUAUCCAUAAGCCAGGACUCGGCUACUGUCAAGGAAUGACAGACUUGCUGGCUCCGCUACUGGCGUCCAUGGAGAACGACGUGGAAGCGUUCUGGUGUUUCGAGAAGCUGGUGGAGGGAACCGCCUACUUCAAACCCGCAGACAAUCCCGUCUCCGUCGAAAAACAACUGGAGCCGCUGAGGAUGCUCAUCAAGCAGCUGCUCCCGUGGUUCCACUCUUACUUGGAGUCCACCGAGAACGGUCUCUCCCUCAUGUUCUGCCACCGCUGGCUCCUCGUCUGCUUCAAGAGAGAGUUCUCCGAAGAAGACACUCUCGCCGUGUGGGAGGCGUGCUGGACCAACUACGCCACCGCCUCGUUCCACCUGUUUGUCUGCAUCGCCGUCAUGGCGAUAUACGGCCAGCGAGCCGUGGAGAAACAGAUGAACAUCAACGAACUGAUGGUGUUUUUCAACACUCUCUCGCUGACCAUGCCCCGGGAGUUGGUCCUAACACAGGCACGGGGAUACGUACACCAGUUCUGUACUAGUAAAACCGCCCACUGUACGCUGGCUUCGCUUAUGCCCCCCGAGUUCUGGCUCUGUUCCACGUCACCCAGACUGGAAUGCGGACUGUGCCGUGGGCUCAGCACCAGCUGCGAGAGUAGAGAUUUGCAAACGACACCCAUGGAAGCCCUCUGCUAGAGUUGAAUUGAAACUUACAGCCCCCACCUCUCACUCUGUCACAUGUUAAAUCAUAAUUUUAAGUGUGUGUUUGAAAUCACUUUUUACUUCUAUGAUUUCCCUGCAAUGUGUGUGCAUUAUUGAAUA